AUGUUGGCGGCGUCAAUCUCAUUUCGUCUCGUGCCACCGGAUCCUCUCCUCGACCUUGAGAAGCGUCCAAGAAUGGACGGGGGAGUCGGGGUCGGGAAGCGAGGCGGCGAGGCCUACCGCACGCGCCCCCGUCCGAGUCGUGCGUUGAGCGAGGAGAGGUGGGUGGAACGGGGAGAGGUGAUGACUUCCGAGUGGCAGUCGUGCCGGCCACUGACCAUUGUCGACGUACGCUUCGAGUUGUUUGCUUGCUGGUCGCUGAGCGUCGUCGGGGUGGCUGGCUCGUUUGCUGCUUCGGCUGGUGACUGA